CCACUGGAUGUUCUUUGCUAAAGUUUCAACCUAUUGUAAUAGCGGAGGCUUCAGGUAUCUUUUGCAAAGUGAUGGCAUAACUGCAGACCGAAGACGGUCGCGUUGCUUCUCGUUUCCUGUGCAGAAGCGGCAGGUGUUUCCGGUGGAGGGGAGACAGCCAAAUUUUUGCGACCUUGUAGGCGCAAUUAAUCGUGGCGAGCAGUUUUCUACACUUUUGGUCUUUGUGGGUUGAUUUGGCGUCUGCUAGCCGGCUUUCUGGCUCACGUGUCUCGUUGUGGAGACUAUGCUACGUCGCUCAUGUAAGAAGCGGAGGGUCAUGGGGAACCUUCUACGAUUGCUAUCGAGAGAUGACACACCCAAGUAUGAUGUCUUCGUUGACUUUGAGAAUGCUGAGCCUUCAGAAUCGGAGGAGGACACAUAUUACAUUGUGCAAGAUGUCCUGCAACACUCCAGGGACAUUUUAUUGGAACUACAAAUGUACAAAGGAGCUGGGAACGAGAUUAGAGAGGCUAUAGCAAAUCCACGCAGUGAAGCGCGUCAGAUGAAAGCGUGGGAAGCUGUAUUGCCACUGGUGUCUAAGCUAAAGCAGUUUUAUGUCUUCUCUCAAAGCCUAGAGGAUAUCGUCCCACGUAUCUUGUGGGAACUCUGUUCUGGCCCACGCACUCCACGAGAACACCUCGAAAUGCAACAGGCACUAGUCAAGCAGUUUGCAGAGAUUCUGGACUUUGUGCUCAAAUUUGAUGACCUCAAGAUGACGAACCCGGCAAUUCAGAAUGACUUCAGCUACUACCGGAGGACAGUCAGCAGGUUACGGCUCGCAAAUCAGGAUGGCAUCGAGGAGAACCUGGACGUUCCAAAUGAGUUGGCCAAUCACAUGUCACUGUUCUAUGCUCACGCAACCCCCAUGCUGAAGGUGUUGAGCGACGCCACCUCCCGUUUUGUGACAGAAAAUAAAGACCUUCCCAUCGAGAACACAACCGAGACAUUGGGCACAAUGGCCAAGGUCUGUCAGAGGAUGGUGGACAACAGAGAAUUUUGCUCCCGCUUCAAGAGUGAAGAGACGAUCCUCUUUGUCCUGAGAGUCAUGGUUGGAGUGAUAAUCCUCUAUGACCACGUUCACCCACAGGGGGCGUUCACCAAGACUUCACACAUUGAUGUGAAGAAGUCAAUCCGUGUCCUCCGAGAGCAGCCACCGAAUGUUGUUGAAGGAUUGCUGAAUGCGCUUAGGUACACGACCAGGCACCUGAAUGAUGAAACUACCCCGAAGAACAUUAAGGCUCUUCUAGCUUGACUUCUACAUGUAUGUAGCCCCUUCCACAUUUACGUGUGUGAAUUUCAUCAUCUUCACCGUGUCGGACAUAAAUGGGUCGCUAUGUGAAACACGAGGUGAACUUUGCAGAACUUUCGCUUUUUUCUUGGUCCCUGUCACAAACCCCUCCUUGAAAGAAAGACUGGAAAGCAAGCGAUCCGGUGGCGAAGCUACGUGACGGAAGAAAAGAAAAACGAGACUGGGGAACAUAAAAAAGGGACCUUGUUUAUGUGUGUUCAAAGCUCCCUAGUCUCAGGGAUUUUUAUUGUCAUAAGAACUCAUGUUUUAGACAUUUGUGUGUUGCUUUUAAUUUUUCAUCGUGUCAUGUCAUUGGGAAUUUUUCGAUCACGUUCCGAGCGAUUGUGACAACGGAGAUCAGAGUCAACACUUUCAUUAAAUGGGCGCUGCAUUUGUAAUAUCUUUAGACUGUUUUAUGAGUGUUUCAAUUAAAUUGCAUCUUGUAAACUGUUAUCAGUACAUACAGUCUAACCUCGUUUAUAUGACGUCCGUUCACCUGACACGCUUUAUGACAAGUCCUUGACCUGUCAUGAAGCUGCAUAUUUUUGCUCUGAGAACCAUUCCCUCUACACGCAAAUCCUUCUGGUUAACAUGACAGUUCAUUUAUUCGACAAUGGCCGAUGUUUAUUUAUUAUAUAUAUAUACGUUUAUUUAUCUUUCAUAAAUGGGGAUUCGGUAGGGGGUGCAAACAUGUUUACCACCUUCGAUAGUACGACCACCGAUGGUUCAACGAGUGGUUCUUCUGUCCUACAAGUGCCCAGUGGUUUUGGGUGACACGCGUCGAUGCCGCACAGCCCGGCUGACUCAUGAUUAGAGCCCCUAGCUUUCUGCAGUGAAAAAUUUAUUUUUCUGCAGAACCGGGUUUACAGAACUGCGGGAUGCCAUGAUGGAGCGAAAACAAGCACAAAAAAAGAGAGCGUGCAGCAUUCUUCCAUCAUUGCUCAUCGACCGACUCAUCCCGCACGCUUUUACCACCUUUCAUAACUUUUCAGUGCGUAAAGAAAACUAGACCCGGAUCUGUCCAUCUGUGUCCUUGCGUUUCCGCCGUCAAAUUUCCUUUCGUCACGGCACCUUCAGCCACGUAUGUGCCAGCGUUAUCACUGGUGUCGGGCAUUGCAGUCGCGAUUGAUUGUGUUUAACCCGUGAAAAUGCCACACAUCGAUUGAACUUCUUACGUAAUUCUGUAAGACAUCAAAUGUUCCAUGAAAAACGGACGAUUCUGAGGGAAACAGCAGGGUCAGGAUAAUUACGGACAUGGACAGUUCCACAAAAUUUGGCACAUUUGCGGAAAGCUAGGGGCUCUACUCAUGAUGUUCUCUGUGGCACCGGUAAAUAAGCUUAAAUGCGCAGGGCCCUUGGUCACUUGGGUCAUGGUGACAUGCCGCACUCGUACAGGGGCAACAGAAGGGCAUGCAGAAUGUGUCUGCCAUUUAAAUAGUAUCAUUGAAAAAAAACUACAACUUGAAAAUGUAAGUCGACACUUGUGUCGGGUAUCUCCCUCAGGUAAGCUCCAAAUUAUUCUUCAGCAACGUCUCUUGUUUUGCAGUACAUGCAAAACACAACAUUGCAUAAUGCGUAAUCAUGUGCGUAACGCAACAUUGUGUGACACAGGAUUUUCUUUCUAUCGUUGGUGCAUAUCAUGUGCUGCAUGUUAGCAUGAUAGUUCGCUUUACGUCCAGUAUCUGCAGGAACUGUCAUGGUCAUAUCAACGAGGUUCGACUGUGUAUUAGCAUUGAGUUUGGUUUGAUCAACUUUAUGAAAAAAAAAUUGCUUUUACGUACAAAAGUUAACAUACUCGAUGCAUUGGGGCGCGACUAACGUGUCGGUUCUCACCUGCAUGUCGAUGCAAAUCCAGGAGUACCUUUUAAAAAAACUUCAUUUAGCUUGUCCUAUCUAUUGCUAUCAAGUUGUUGAUUGACUUUGGCAGAGGGCAAGUUUUGUAUAUUUACUGGUCAUCAUUUUUCUUUUAAAAACCCACGUUUCAUUAUACCUGCUUUUAAGGAAGACUUGCAGAAUGUGAUUAUUGUUGUUGUAAAUAUGGAAGCGACUUUUUCUUUCUGUUUUGGAAGUGUUGCCAUCAAACACAAAAGAAGUGGCUGUGAAAAUGAGUGAAUUAUGAUUUGACGCCACUUUGUGUGACACUUCUUGCAUUUUUUAUGUGUACUUUUUGCACUUAAAAGUUCACCAACAUGGCUCGGUCUGUUCUGCAUCUGCUGAAAUUUUUUAGUAGUGAAAAGACUUGUUUUGAACGUACAUUCUUAAUCUUUGUUUUUUUUUUUACCUGGUCUCGCACACUUAUGAAAAGUCACCAGUAUUAUCAGUAUCAGUACUAUUUUGAAAUUUUGAGGCAGAUAACAAUGUUAGGCACACAGUACACCUAUGAUAUGACCUAUGCUUUUAGGUGCUAAAUUCGAGUAUAUAUUUUGCUGUGUGGUCUCGAAAGGCAUCUCGAGCCUCAGUAUCAUUCGAAGGGGCAUACACAUUCCUUGGGAAUAUACAAUAAAGUCUCAGGAUUGCUUCUCAAAUUUCUUUUUAAGUGCUGUAAAACUAUUCCUGUAGAUACGCGCUGGUAUGUGAUCGGUUCCUAGGAGGAGGAGGAGGAGGUUAGGUGCACCAGCUUUUCACUGUCCUAUGGAGUGCCUGUCAACUGUCAAAGUUGUGACAGUGGUGAAAUUUUAUCUGUUGCUUUUUUUCUCAGUUUCAUUCAGAAAUGCUAUAACAGUACAGAAAAAGUAGAAUUGUCAAUAUGGAACUAGCUCGCUCAUGAACAAACAUGCGAUUUGCUAGACAGAUACCAUCAUUGAGAAUGCAAAAGAUCGCCUAGCAAAAAAAAAAAAAAAGAUUGUGUAAGUUUAUCUAACAAGCGAGUUAGUUUAAUUAAGUGGCAUAUGAGGACGGCUUUCUUUUUUCUUUCAAACAGCCUUUACAAAAUCUACAAUUUCCUGUAUCUGAAAGAGUGUCGUCUGGCACUUGGAUACGUUGUCGGAUGUGGAAAGUGACGGACUACUGAAAUAUAAAAAAGGCGGAGCUAACUAGUGUAGCAGCACGUUUGUGAUUGGAACAUUCAGUUCUGGUUUCAAAUAAUGCUCAGUCAUUACAGCGAAUUUUUUGUUAUUACACGAGGUUUUCUUUCAUGAAAUACCAAUUUUCAUGGUCAUUAUGCUCAUUUGUGCUCUUAGAUGCAAGUAUUUACCUUGUUUCAACCUGCUAGAAUUUUGUUGCGACCAACCUUGGAGCUGCGUGGAGUAAACGCUGUGAUUAUAAUGUGAUUAUUGCUAUGACCAUGUGUGUUGCUACCAUGCAGAAGCUUUUAGCUGUAACAGUCAGUAGCAAUUGCAGCAUAGUUGUUCAUUGAGUACCUUAUUUCGCAUGUUUUUGUCUUAUUGCAAACUUUGGUGGUAGUUCACCUUUGAAAUUGUACCAGUUGAGCAUUGCAGGCUCACACUUGUUUGCUUUGAUUGGUGGAGAAGGCUUUCGGCUAAAAGUGGCCUUCCAGUGCAGGUCUUCCCAUCAAGUUGCCAAAACAUAGAUGUAGGUUACUUCCGAAGUGCGAGCCACAAAGAACAUGCCGUAUUGAGUGAAUGGUGAACAGGGUGCUAGCUUGGCAGGCUUCUUUUGACAAUGCCUUGUGGACUAGAGGAGCUCUUCACUGCCUGGAUAUACAGAGUCACAAUGUCAUCCACUCGAGCCUGUUUCAAACACAGAAAGCCUACAGGAGCGAGCGGCUGCCCAUCAGGUGUUGCCAUAGUUGCGGUUGUUAACCAAGGCCUCGUUUAAUCUAGAGGGUUGUGGGAUUCCGGAGCAAAAAUGCUACUGUGAUGCUUGAGCAUAACGUGGAGCUCAAUCAGGAAUGCUGUUCUUGCUUCCUUACAGAGUAAAAUCCAACUAAAAACAGGUUGGGAAUGCAGAGUAUGUGCAGCGUAACCUUACGUUGAUGUCUCGAGGAGCAGUAAUGGUAACAAUUUCAAUUUUCAUGUGGAAUCUCAAAGUUGCGCAUUUUUAAAGUCACAUUUGGGUUUGUUUGUGUUUGCGUGUACAUGCACUGGCAACACACAAUACUGCCUCUGUUUGUACAGGAACUGCUGAAGCUAUUAUUAUUAUUCAUUUUUGUGACUUACUGCGCUGAACAUGUGUUUCCAAACAUCGAGUUAUUUUAUCGCAUUUUAAGUGGCACGGAAACAAUUGUCUCAGUUUCUGACCUAAAUUCCCCAUCAUGGAUAGUAGGGACUAACUAAGAAAUAAGUGGUAUAGUAGGAGGCAACGUGCUGGUAGACAUGCUCUAGUGCAGAAGCCUCAAGCUCAGAUCAAGUUCAGAUAGCAACAAAUGGGCGAAGCUCUAAAUAUGAAAAAUUGUACACUCAGAAGGGUAUUCCUCAUCCCAUGUCUUGCACUUUCUGGUGCCUGAAUUGGGUUUCUGAAAGAUGAAAGUCACUGAAAAGGUUAGCCAGCUGUAGGACUUGAGCCCACAUCUUCUGGAUUGCCGGUGCAGGGCUCUGCAGUUCUUUCAUGUUGGGUUUCUGGUUUGCACAUUUGGGAGUUGGACAAUUUGUGUGUUAUAAGUGUCCCGUACACGUUACGCAGCCUGUGUUAGAGAACUGUCUUUCUGUGUACAUAGCCCCAUUUUCCCUCGAUUUUAUUUCCACAUUGUUACCCCUCUGUUUCACAUUUUUGUUAGUGCGCACCUUUCCGGAGCACCUAGUCAUCUUUAUAGUUAUCGAGCACUUUGCCACUGAAAUCUUGUAAAUCUCCUGCCAGAGUGUACGAAUUCCAUUUGUGCAUUGCCACACAAAAUAUUGAGAUGCCUACAGGUUUUUAAAAUGUGUCACAUUUUGUACUUGACGACAAAAGCUCAUCCAGAGCAUAGGAACGACCAAUCUGGGGAACCUUGUCAGUUCGUAGUCCCGCGCGUUUGCUUACAAUAAGUGCUUAUCAGCUAGUCUAGUCUAUUUGCUGAAAUUGUAGAUCAACUGGGUACAACUUGCUUAAGCAUGUCCUCCAUGAGAAAUGUUAAACGUAGGGUCCUGAGCUUUUGCUGGAUGUUAAAGCUUGGCCACUGCGGCGUACUUAAUAUUAAAGCCACGAAUUACUAUUGCUUACAUCAUAACCGAAAAUAAGCUGAAAAGAAGGCUUCACGUAGUGUACAAACGUUGUCAUACCAGCGCUUGACAGCUGUUUGAGCCUUAUUGGGCCAUUGUCUGCAGUGCGCUGGUAAGCAGUGUUUGAGUGGGUGGUGUCGGAAGGUCACAUACGGCUGCGACUUCUUUUUCCUUACAUAAUUCAUUGGCGGGGAGACGUCACAUUCUACGUGACCUUCUGACACCACCCGCUCGAGCAGUGCCUACCUGCACACUGCAUGCCUACGCUAAUGACAACGGCCCAAUAAAAGCCGCAACAGCUGUCCAGUGCUGGCAUGGAUCUGUAUGCUGUUACGUACAUUUUAAUUUCAUGAUGUGGUACGUAAAUGUUUUAAAAAUUUUAAGGGUUGACCUAAAUCUACGCGCAACUUUAAAUUUUGUUAUUCGUCACCCAGUGCUAGCAGCCGACUAUGAGGUCCAGCAUCAUCCAGUUCUGGUUUUGCAGUAGCUAUUUCUAAAUUAUGGUUACGAAAAAACUGGUGAAUAUUAUUUCAUUUUGCUUUCUUCACUAUUAAGCCUAAGAAUGUGGAAGAAUAGUUGGUACUUUCCAUUUCUCUGUCAUACAACAAUUUGUCUCAAGUUUUGAACUUGCAAAGCUUCCUUGGCUUGAAGGACCACAUCGUGCUGUGUUUGUUGUUUUGGUAUUGAGGGCAUUGAAUGUGAAUACAUGCGCAUGACCAUGUCGAGCUAUAGUGUGCUUUGCCACUGGGCAAACAAGAGAGCGAGCGAGAGAGAGAGAUUGGAUUGAGCAGGGUGUUAAAAGGAGAUAUGGACGGUUUUUCAAAGUCAUGUAACCUGCUCAUUGUAGUAUUUGUCUGUGCAGUAUUAUACAGUGUGUGCUCAUGUCCCUUACAAGCAUGUCAAUUCAGUGGUACGACGUUAUCCAAGUUCAUACAUGCAACAGUGAAACCUCCCACUUCCUGCUCUUGUUUUUAUUACAAACAAACAAACAAACCUUUCAUUACGAACACUCCCUUCUGGCAGACAAGAACCCUGGUCCUGUGGACGUCCCUAGAGUCACUAAUUAGGGGUACAGAGUAUCGCAUUCCGCCGGAGCCGCCAUUCGGUGUCCUCGAUUGGGCCGAUCGUGUCACGUGGUUUCCUCCGAAGAACGCGCCGUCCGUGUUGAGUCCCCUGCAUCCAAAACCGGUUGCGAGCUGGCUCGACUGCGCGCGGUUCUCCGGGCGGAGAAGGGAGAGAUUGGCGUCCCGUUGCUAGGCGACGCAGCCGCGCCGUACCCAAGAUGGCGCUCUCGCUCGUGGCUCGCGUGGCUCAGUGUCGCUACUCUGCUCCCUAUUUAGUGACUCUAGUCGUCCCUGUUAGAGAGGUUUCACUGUACUGUUUAGUACUUCUGUAUUUUGCUGCUGCAAGUUUUCAAAAUUCCAAAGCUGACUUGCAUGUUCUUUCAUUUUGAGCACUGAGUGUUUCGUGAACUAUGCAGUAUGUUAUCAACUUUCUGUAUCACCUUGGUAUUGCUCAAUUAUUGUACUACAAGAGGUAUCAGUGACUAAUUUGUUCUUUUUCGGAACUUAUUUAUUUUCUCUUCUAUUUGUAUUUUUAAUUCAUUCAUCAGAAAUAGUGUGUGGAUAUGAGGAGUUUUGUUUGUCUCACCUCUGUUUUUUUAGCCUAAUUGUGUUACCUCGUUUCUACUCAAUAUCAUGACCAGCAUUAACUAAAUGCGCGCUUCAUGUUUGAGGUACACAAGAAAGUUGCAACAGCCAUACGGCAAGUAUGCAUGUGUUGAUGAACGUACCAGUGGGACACAUUUUGAGUUGUGUACCUCCAUUAAGACUUUGGAGUACCUUGAUCAUGUACCAAGUUGUUUUCUCUUGAAAUAAACGAGGGUUAUUGUUUAUAA